UCGACGUCGAAAGGAACAACUGCUGGCGACGAAUUCGUGUAGGAUGCGCCAAAAAGAAAACGCUUUUUCUGUUGGUUAUCGUGACGACGUUGAUAUACCUCGUGCUGAACUGGGAAGUGACCAAGUCCGCCGAUUUCCUAGAAAGGCCACACCAAAAAUCACAGAAUCCGUCUGAAACCUGCCGCAUCACCUUCUUUUGACGUUUUAAGCCUGGGACCGCAAGAUUAUAAACGUCUGGUCGAUCUAAACGAUUUUCACUUCACCUUAAUCGAACCUGAAGCUUGUAAAGCCCCUGUCUUCCUGCUGGUAUUAGUGCCUUCCGCUCCUAACCACCUGCACCAGAGGCUUAACAUCCGCACCACCUGGGGUCACCGCAGGAUGGAAGUAAAGAUUGUUUUUGUUUUGGGUCGGGUACAAGACAAUAACCUCCAGAAAGAUAUAGAGAAUGAAAGCGAGGUUUACCGGGAUGUCAUUCAAGGGAAUUUCUUGGAUACUUAUCAGAAUUUGACGUAUAAAGCCAUGUCUGCUUUCAAAUUUGUGCUGUAUCACUGUGAAAAGGCUUUAUAUGUGUUGAAAAUGGACGACGAUUGUUUUGUAAACAUGCCUUUGUUACUGAAUUUCCUGAAAAAUGAUUUAUCUGUUUAUGGAACUGAUAAUUUGUUUCUCUGCAACGACAUGACGGGUUCUCCUGUGAUUAGAGAUGUUCAUUCCCAAUGGUAUGUCUCAGAAAUGGACUUGUCCGAUGAGUUCUAUCCUAGUUACUGUAGUGGAUGGUAUGCUAUUCUUUCACCAGAUGUUAUUUUUCGUCUGUAUGAAUCCACGCAAAAACUAAAGUAUUUAUCGAUUGACGAUGCUUUGAUCUACGGUAUAGCCGCGCAAAAAUGUAACCUAACGCACACAGACUUCAGUAGAUACACACUGGCCUAUAGAAGUUUGAAUCUCCUUUUUAAUGGAACUUAUGACUCGCUGCCUUUGUUGUUUGGGUCUCCAAAUAUGAACCCUGAGCAAAUUAAGAACUGUUGGCUGUUUUUUCGCUCCAGGCCUGUUGCGGCGUCUCUCAGAGGUGCCCUAGGCACCUAAUAUAUAGGCGCCACUCAUAGGCGCAUCUCAUAAGAUCUGUGAACUUCAUUUAUCUAUUUUACGAACGAAUAGUUUGAUUUUUAUCGUGUCUCUUCGAAGAAGAAGUUCGUCCAAUUGGAAUUUUGUGAUUAGAUAGUAAAUUAAAUCGAACAGUCGAACAGUCCAAUAUUACUUAUUUUUAUUUCCUUAGUUAUGUUGGCUUAAAUGUACAGAAUGUUCCGAAAAUAAGGCUCAAAAUAUAUAUUUUUUGACUCUUUAGAU